AUGGUAGACACCCGCAAACAUAAGUACCUCUGUGCCAGCCGAAAUGACUGCAACAUUGACAAGCUCCGAAGGAAAAACUGCCCCUCCUGCCGCCUUCGGAAAUGCUAUGAGGCCGGGAUGACUCUCGGAGGCCACAAGAGAAAGAACCUGAGAAACCUGAAGAUGCAAGAAGAAGGGGAAGCAGCUGGCUCCUCCAGCCCUAAAGAGGAGCAAGCUCCGAAGAUGGCCAUGACAUGCAUUGGGAGCCUGGAGCACCAGCCCAUUUUCCUCCAUGUCCUGAAGGCUACUGAGCCAGGGGUGAUGUGUGCUGGCCAUGACAGCAACCAGCCUGAUCCCUUUGCUGUCCUCUUCACCAACUUGAAUGAGUCAGACGAGAAGCAGCUGGUGCAUGUCUUGAAGUGGGCCAAGGCCUUGCCAGGUUUUGCUCCAUCGCACCCUUAACAACUUGAUCACCAUAUUCCUGAGAAACCACUGCCUGUUGUUCUUAUCCAAUCACGAUUGGCCUGGAUAUCUACCUGCACUCCAUGCCCAGACAGCAAGGGCACUUGGAAACAAACUCUUGGUUGCUGCCUCCAUCUGGAGGACUCUCUCUUGCAAAGGGACUUGCCAAGAUAGAAGAACCUAAGAAGAAUCCAUCCAGCCAAGAACUUUACUAGAGUGACCAGCAAGAGACACUGCAAAUUUCUGCCAUUGUGUGGAGCCUUCCAUUUUCUUUGUCCUGAAUCAGGAGGCCAAUCAGUUCCGGGGGGGGGGGA